UUUGAAACUCUUCCUGUGGAGUCAGAUUGUUGUCAAAAGUGUUGGGUUUAAGUUAUCGUCAAAAAUGAAGAAAGAGGGAAAGAGGAAGAGCUGAGCAAAUUUCCUAAACAGACUUUAGGACUUGAGUGUGGUCAAGUGUGGGCACAAGGCGAGACGUGUGGGGACCUCCAGAUCGGGUGCGGAAGGCUUCAGUUACAAUCUCAGGUUUGGGACGUUUAGCCAUGGAGUCUUUCUCUGCGGAGACCAAUUCCACCAACCUCCACUCACGGCCCUGGAAUGAACCUGAAAUCAUUCUCUCCAUGGUCAUUCUCAGCUUCACUUUCUUACUGGGGUUGCCAGGCAACGGGCUGGUGCUGUGGGUGGCUGGUCUGAAGAUGCAACGGACGGUGAACACGGUCUGGUUUCUCCACCUCACCAUGGCUGACUUUCUCUGCUGUCUCUCCUUGCCCUUCUCCCUGGUCCAUUUGGCUCUCCAAGGACACUGGCCCUAUGGCUGGUUCCUUUGCAAGCUCAUCCCCUCCAUUAUCAUCCUCAACAUGUUUGCCAGCGUCUUCCUGCUGACUGCCAUCAGCCUGGACCGCUGUCUUUUGGUACUCAAGCCAAUCUGGUGCCAGAAACAUCGCAAUGUGCGGACCGCCUUGACGAUCUGUGGAUGUAUCUGGGCGGUGGCUUUUGUAAUGUGUAUACCUGUGUUCAUAUACCGGGAAACGUUCACCAUGGACAACCACACUACUUGUGGCUACAAUUUCUACGGCCCAAUAGAUUAUUCAGAAUUCACUUUUGAUCUCCUGGAAAACAGGUCUCUUGACAACUCCAUUGCUGAGCUGCCUGGAGACAUGGAUGACAGAUUAGAUUCUUUCUCUCUACAAACCAGUGAUUAUCCUCACACCACUGGCCUCCAGUCUCAGGUAUUUCGAAGAACUUCUGGAGCUUCACCUGCUGCAGAUUCAGCUAGAUCGUCUGCUCAACAUCCACAUUAUAAUUUAUUUAAACUUACUGAUGAGCUUUCACCUGCAAUCCCCAGUGAGUUUCCCGUUGAAGAUCACAGAACUAAACCACUGGAUAAGGCCCAUGCUUUAGAGUUUUUCUCUAGCGCCUCUGGCAAUUCCUUUUACACAUCCGAUCUAUCACCAGAUAUCCAUGAUUUUGAUGAUUUAAGCCAAUUUGUCUACAGCCAUCAAGCACCAACACCCGAGGUAGUGAUAACCAUCACCAGGCUGGUGCUGGGUUUCCUGCUGCCUUUCAUUGUCAUGGUGGCCUGUUACAGCCUCAUUAUCUUCCGAAUUCGUGGAAGCCGCUUCACCAAGUCUCGGAGCAAAUCCCUGAGAGUGGCUAUGGUGGUGGUGGUUGUUUUCCUCAUCUGCUGGGCUCCAUACCACAUUUUUGGAGUCCUGUUUUUGUUUGUUGGCCCAGAGACUCCUUUGGGGGAAGCUCUGUCGUCCUGGGACCAUGUGUCCCUUGCUCUAGCCUCUGCCAAUAGUUGCUUCAAUCCCUUCCUCUAUGCCCUCCUGGGGAAAGAUAUCAGGAAUAAAGCAAAGCAGUCCAUGCAGGGAAUUCUGGAGGCAGCUUUCAGUGAGGACAUGACACACUCUACCAGCUGCUCCCAAAAUAAAGUCUCUGUGUCAAAAAACAGUAUCAGUACAGUUGUAUGAAAAUAGGAAGCAGCCGACUCAAGCA